AUGACUUCCAAAGCAAUAGUCCUCAUUACCGGCGCCAAUAGAGGCAUUGGCUAUGGCGUCGCUCGCAAAUUAGCUCGUGAACACCCAAACUACCACAUCAUCAUCGGCAGCCGUGACGCUGCCCAAGGUCGUGAGGCAGCUUCGUCUUUACUCGCCGAAGAAGCAUCAUCCUCACCAUCAAUAUCCAGCGUUGAGCUAGACGUUACCUCCGACACCUCAAUCUCAGCCGCGAGAAAGACCAUCGAGACAGAACACGGUCGUCUAGACGUCCUCAUCAACAACGCCGGAAUCGCACUCGACGUCAAAGAGAAAGGGAAAAUCUCCCUUCGCACAAUGAUGCAACGCACCUACGAUGUCAACGUCUUUGGCGCAUCAGUCGUCACUGAUACAUUCAUCCCCUUGCUCGAAAAAUCCGACAACCCUCGGAUUGUAUUCGUCUCAUCGACUCUUGGCUCGCUCACAUUUGCAUCUGAUCCGAGUACACAGUAUUCCAAUGAACUCUUUCCUACGUACAGAUCCAGCAAAACGGCGCUGAAUAUGGUCAUGUUGUAUUAUAAUUCUUUAUUGCAUAAAAAGGGGUUCAAAGUGAAUGCUGCCUGUCCAGGGUAUAUUGCAACGAAUUUAAAUUCGUUCCAUGGUAGAGGGACGGUUGAGGAGGGGUCUAUGAAUGUUGUGAGAUUGGCAGUUUUGGGCAAGGAUGGAGAGACGGGGACGUUUUCGGCUAGUGAUGGAGUGAGACCUUGGUAA